AUGUACAAUCCAGCACACUACUACCCGCAGUACGCAGAACAGCUUCCACAGACACAGACACAGACACAGACGGUGUCUGGCUCGGGGCCUACGUCGGGCAAUACCAAUGGCGCACAAACCUCCUUCAACAACAACAACAACAACAACAAUAACAAUAACAUCAACAACACCAGCAACACCGGCACCGGCACUGGCACUGGCACCCCUGGCAUCAAUGGCACCCAUGUGAGCAUCAAUAACACUGGCAGUCCUAGCGUGGCAACCUCACCGCUUCUACAGCAACAUCCUCACCAUCAAAUCCAGCAGAUCCCCCAUGUCCAGCACCAGCAGAUCCCACAAUAUCAUACUCACAAUCAACAGUCCCCCUCCACGCAAUCACAAUAUGGCUACUACCAACAACCCUUGUCUGCUGUAGAUUAUGCAUAUUAUCCAAACACUUAUAUAUAUCCCAGUCAGCCCUACGUCUAUGACUAUCAGCAACCCCAGCCCCAACCUCAACAGCCUCAACAACAAAAUCAACAACCUCAGCAAACUCAACAGGGCCAGCCCCAGACUCUCCAAGCUUCCCAACAACCUCAACAACAGCAGCAGCAACAACAGCAACAACAACAGCAGCAGCAGCAGCAGCAGCAGGUCCAAAAGACUCAGCAGGUGCAAUUGCCUGCCCAACAACAAGUUAGAAUUCCUCAGUACAAUGGCGUCAACUCCUAUAACUUAGGCAUGAAUAUGAAUAUGGGAAUGAAUAUGGGUAUGAAUAUGGGUAUUGGCUUACCAAUCGGUGUCAACCCAACCACACCUUCGAGCUCCACACACCCCAUCUCAUCUGCAACUAUCCCCUCCAACUCGAGCCAUAUCCCCCAUUCCGCAGCAAUGUCUCAGUAUAAUUCGAAUAACUCGAAUUCUACCUCAGGUCUAUUGAAUGAUCAUGCGCCAAGUAACAUAACAAGUCACCCCCAUUAUCUUCAUAAUGACAACAACCUCACGAAUACUAAUAAUGCACGUAGCAGUAGUACUGGUAAUAGCGGUCAUAAUGGUUCCUCGCUACAACUUCAACAGUCAACUUCAAACAGACCUAAAAUUACAACUACAAUGUGGGAAGAUGAACGUACUUUAUGCUACCAGGUUGAGGCAGCGGGCGUGUCUGUGGUUCGACGUGCAGAUAACAAUAUGAUCAACGGCACAAAGCUGUUGAAUGUUGCCAAAAUGACAAGGGGGCGUCGUGAUGGUAUUCUAAAGGCUGAGAAAACUAGACAUGUCGUGAAAAUCGGUUCCAUGCAUCUAAAGGGUGUUUGGAUCCCCUUUGAGAGAGCAUUUGUUAUUGCUCAAAGAGAAGGUAUAGCCGACUUGUUAUAUCCCUUAUUUGUCAAGGACAUCCAACGGAUUAUUCAGCAGGGUAUACCGACCGUUAAAAUGGGCCAAUACGCCGUCGCCAGCGCUCCAAAUAACCCAAUUGUCAACCAAGAUUCUAUGGGUAUAAGUGCAAACCUUUCCAUUGGGACGCAUUCUAACCAUAAUUCGGACCAUAAUAACAAUAGUAGUAAUCAUAACCAUAAUACUAAUCAUAGUAUAGACAACAACACGAAUACUAGUGCAACCCAUUUAAGUGGAUCUACGAAUCAAGCUUGUGACUCCCCAUCUAAUAACUCCAAUGCACUUGUCAAUGAGGCGCCCGACGCACAAACAGUUGGCAAUACAACUACCUACACGACAACUACAGGCUCCACUAACAACAAUAAUAUGCCUUCAGAAUACACACAUCAUCAAUAUUACUUUGAUACAAGAGAGAAAGACUGA